AUGUCAGCAUCGACGGAGUCUUUCAAGGCGACAGUUUACUUGCCUGCCCUUGAACAACUCCUAGAGAUUCAGGUCGACAAGGGUCACAAUGUCAAAGACAUUGUUCAUGAUCUCGUUCUUCACCAUGACAUCCCUGCUUACUUGACGAUACCCGUAUUAUCAGCCCUCAAGACAACGAUCGACAACCGAAAUCCUCCCUCGUCUCACGUUAUCAUCCAACAAGACAAAUCAUCCCUACGCAAUCACUUUGUCAACCACUAUCAAGCCCAUACCUUGCAUUACCACAAUAAGCCCGAAGAGGAUAUUUUUCCGCGUGCUUAUCAUACACUUGUUCAUUGUCCGAUUACGUCCAUAUUCGAUGCUUUACUACGUCUCGAACAAAGUUACGCUUUGGCCAUCCAAGAACUCUACACUGCCGCCGAACAUGAAUUGACCGAAAUUGAAUCAAGACACGCGCGUGAGAUCGAGUCAUCGUCUUCGCAAGGUCCUGCACAACAAAGCAUGACGAACGUAUUUGCACGUCAUGUGGAAGAAUUGGAAUUGUUUCAGGCAACCAUGGCCUCGGAUAUUCAUCAAACACAGCAAACCCAACGACACGAAUAUCGAGAAUUUGUGGUAGAAUUGUAUCGUGAAUACCAGGCUCGACUGUCUACUUUAUCCGACAAUGAUCGUCAUCAACAACUGGAAGACGCGCUGGCCGUCGCAGAAAAGACAUUGGAUGGGAAAGAGAUCGUGGCCACCGUCGCAGCGAGGAUGCGCCAGUGGACCCAUAAGAAGGAAGGGACCUCUAUCCACAGUCAACGCAGCCAACGCAGUCAAAAAAGCCACACCACAUCUCAGUCGCAUGAACUCGCCUCAUCACCUGUAUCGCUACGACGGGGUCGCGUCGGUUCAUCCGCCAGCAUCGGCAGCCAAUCGCAUGCGUCCCCCCUUGCUUCCAGUCCAACUGAGCCGGUCUCGUUGACACGAAGCGCAUCGCAACCAGAAAAGGCCGCUUUUCAGAAAAUGGUCAAAGAUAUUCAGGAAAUGGGAUUCAGCAAAGAACAAGCCGAAUGCGCUUUAAUCUUGACCAAUAAUCACAUGGAACAAGCCGUCAUGCUACUCGUCGAGAAUCCCAGUAAAAUGAAUGCCGCAUUAGCCUCUCAAGCUGCAGCUGCUGCUGCUGCUGCCACCCCCACCAGUGGACAACGAUUACCUCAAACCACUUCCAGCACUCCUUAUCGACGUUCGUCUUCGUCUCUUAGUCAAAUUCAGCGUCCUACCUUUAGCACCGCUUCUUCUCCUGCUCAUUCGCGUCACAGCAGUUGGAAUGAAUCGCAUAUGCCUGCUUCAACACCUCGCCGUCACUCGUGGCAACGCAUGGCUAAUACAUCCGCCUUUCUGAGUCUCAUGGGCAACAGUGGCACCGCAGCCUCGGGUAAAUCAACUCCCGGCAAAGGAUGGAGUCCCAUUUCGUUUCUACAACAACAAAAACAUGCCAUGGAAAACACCAAUCUGAGCUCUGUACGCAAAUUGGGUGGUUGGCUAGGCAAAGCCAUGGAAAAUUUAGGAAUAGAGCACGAUGAAAGUGAUCCACGUUUUGGUUCGUCAUCCUCAGCUGCGCUCACAUCCGUGAAUACACAGCAACUUGUGGAAUCGUUUUCGAUCUCUCUAGGCACCGCGCAAAUCAAAUCAUCGCAUAAUCUGCGAUUAUUAGUGGCCGACGUGACCUCUGACAUUUUCAAUCCGGACUACGAUCCUCCCAGAGAAAUGGCCUACCACGCCCAAACCGCCACCAAGUUAUACACCAAUCAUCUGAGUGCCAUGGUCGUCUUGGUAGAACUCAGUGAACUGAAGCGUGGCAAUAGCCUUGAUUGGCGUCUGUACAAAGCAGGCAAAGGCAGUAACAAAGCUUUGUUUGAGCGAUGUCAGCAUUCCACGGAAUUCCAUUUCCCGGACAUUGAUACCCAACUGUCCACCAUUCAGGACGAUUUCGUAAAUAUGAUUGACGAAUUACAGGAAGGCACAUUUUUCAUCACCCGGCAUUCCAAUCUACCCUUGACCCAAGUGAUAUUUCAUUUAAUCAUUGACUCCCAAGCGGUAACGACGACGGAAUUGACCAACCGCCAUGCACUGAUUGUUGGUUUACGCAAUAUUCUACGAUUGACGACUCGAUUUGAUAUUUCGUCACUGUCCAUUCCAUUGCUGUUAUUACCCGAUUGCUUCCUAGAAGCUCCCGAACAUCAUUUCACCUUGUUGGAUCAGCCGCAAAAACAUGCGACGUGGCUGCAAAAACGAGGCGAAGUGAUCAUGAAAUGUGUAAAGGGAUUUCUCAUUGAAAAUUCCCGCAGUGGAAAACGAUCCCAAAAUGAAGGAGUGGAUCGAGCGGAGUCCGUGUUUGGAGGUGGUAUGCGGAAUAUUGAAUUCCUUCUCCCCAACCAUCCUGUUGUCUAUGGUCAAACCCACCCCGUCUCAUCCUCCACCGUUCGUGCAUCAGCUUCAUCGCAAGAAGUCGAAUGGGGCUUUCAAGAAUUCCGCUCUCUCUUGACAAAUAUUUUUAGAACCAACUAA